CCGGAAGUGUAUAUUACGUCUCAAGAAUACCCGUGCUAAGCGCAGAUGAGUGGGGACUCAGACAAAAAUAAGGAGUUUGUGGAGCAGCUGCGGCUGCAGCAGCUCUAUGGCCAGCGAGGGGAGGACGGAGAGGAUCCCAACACGUACGUGGAUCCGGAGGACGGCACCGUUUACGACUGGGACCACGACAAGAAGGCGUGGUUUCCGAAAAUAACGGAGGACUUCCUGGCAGCCUACCAAGCUAACUAUGGAUUCAAUGAAGAUGGGGAGCAGGACCCCUCGGUUUCAGGGGCAGCUGAGGCGGACACUGCGGCGAAGCCUGCAGAGGCUGAGAAACCACCGCCACAGGCCUUGAACACAGGGCAGAGCGCAGGUGCAGGGCAGGCCAAAGAAGGGAAACAGAAAGGAGAGAAGAGGAAAGCAGACCCAGGCUGGUUUGACGUCGACCAAGACAAGAACACAAAUGUCUAUGUGUCAGGCUUGCCCCUGGACAUCACCCCUGAUGAAUUUGUGGAGUUCAUGUCCAAGUGUGGCAUCAUCAUGAAAGACCCCCUCACAGAGCAGUACAAAGUGAAGCUGUACAAAGACAACGAGGGGAACCUGAAAGGGGAUGGACUGUGCUGCUAUCUGAAGAGGGAGUCGGUGGCGCUGGCGGAGCGGCUGCUGGACGAGUCGGAGAUCAGAGGCUACCAGCUGCACGUGGAGGCGGCGCGCUUCCAGCUCAAGGGCCAGUACGACGCCAGCAAGAAGAAGAAGAAGAGCAAGGAGUACCGCAAGAAGAUGCAGCAGCAACAGAAGCAGCUGGACUGGCGGCCAGAGAAGCAAGGCGACCUGAGGAAGAGGCACGAGCGCGUGCUCAUCAUCAAGAACAUGUUCCACCCCAGGGACUUUGAGGAGGAUCCCCUGGUGCUGAACGAGAUCCGAGAAGACCUGCGGACCGAGUGCGAGAAGUUCGGCCAGGUGAAGAAGGUCAUCAUCUUCGACAGACACCCUGAUGGAGUGGCCUCGGUGGCAUUCAAGGAGCUGGAGCAUGCUGACAUGUGCCAGGUGGCACUGAAUGGGCGCUGGUUCGGGGGCAGGAAGCUUUUGGUUGAGCUGUGGGACGGCUCCACAGACUACCAGGUGGAGGAAACGACCCGCGAGCGAGAGGAGAGGCUAAAGGGGUGGUCCAGCUUCCUGGAAGGAGCCAAGGGGAAAGGGGCGGCCGGGGGCGACUCCGCUGACGGAGCAGACAAAGGUCCGGCCCAGGGGGCCCCCACAGCCAGCGCACCGGAGGGAUCAGGCGCGGCGCCGCCGAAGCCAGAGACGGGGAACGGGGAGGGAGAGGGGGCAGUGGAGUCCGUGGGGAACGGCGCCAGACCAUCGGAGGCAGCGGAAGCUGAUUCCACCGACAGCAGCCUGGCGGGAAGUGAUGAUGAGAACGAAGAGUCAUAAUCAACCAGAGACUGUCCAUCUGUCUGUACCUUAUAAACAGUCAGCCAGAGAUCGUUCACCUGUCUGUCCCUCAUACAGUAUCAACCAGAGUCUGUCCAUCUGUCUGUUCCUUACAAACAGUCAGCUGUCCAUUUCUCUGUCCAUCAUAACUAGAUGAGAAGGCCACCACCAAAACAGUAGGACAGGUCAUUCUGUUCGACUUUGUUUGAUUUGUUCCAUCCAUGAUCUCAGUACAAAUCUGCAGGUGGUGGAAGAGGCUGAUGCAGAAGAAUGGGACACUAGAGAGCUGGUGUGUGAACUGGUUAAGGUGAAUUUGCAUGAUAUUGGCAGUUGUGGUGAUCUGAAGCCUUGCACUGGUUUUACACCUUUCCCUCCAUAAAGCCCUCCCUCUUUUUUCCUUCUUAAACCAAGGCAUUGACUUACGCUGAGCAGUGCCUGUUUCGUGUGUUUUGUACUUGUAUAAAUCCAUGUAGUCGGGGAGGAUUGGUAGAUAUUUUUGUGUCAGACUCAUAUCGGAGUGUUUUGUAUUUGUCGAAUGACGUUGACUGUGUGGAAUUUCGUAUGUCGUGACCAAAAAUAAAGGGGCUACAGUAUCAACAAGGAAUCUCUUCUGGACUUAAAGUGUAAUAUUAGCUUUUGCUUUCUCAUGAUUGCAAAUACCUACCUACCCAAUACCUAACAGACUUAUACAAACCUCUUGGUUUUAUUUUGUGUAUAGCCAAUUCUUCAUCCCUAAAAAUGACAGAUUUGAGAUCAGAUUAAUUUAAUUAUGAAAUGAAGAUGGUUGCUUGAAGGGGUGGUGUAAUACUGUCUCAAUAAAACAGCAAAUUCACUAUGUGCUUCAUUCAUUCACCUGCUUCUUUAUUAUACUCAUUUUCUCUGCUCCAAAUGAAUACAUAAAUCAUGUAAUGAGGAAGGCAAUCUUGCAAAACUCUUCCCUCUCCUGUGUGACCUUAAUGUUUGCAAUUAUGUCCUCAGUUAUA